UCGUCGCGGGCCGGGCUGCAGUUCCCCGUGGGCCGCGUGCACCGGCUGCUGCGCAAGGGCAACUACGCGGAGCGCGUGGGCGCCGGCGCCCCGGUGUACCUGGCGGCCGUGCUGGAGUACCUGACGGCCGAGAUCCUGGAGCUGGCGGGCAACGCGGCCCGCGACAACAAGAAGACGCGCAUCAUCCCCCGCCACCUGCAGCUCGCCAUCCGCAACGACGAGGAGCUCAACAAGCUGCUGGGCAAGGUGACCAUCGCGCAGGGCGGCGUGCUGCCCAACAUCCAGGCCGUGCUGCUGCCCAAGAAGACCGACAGCCACAAGGCUAAAGCCAAAUGAGCACCGAACAACCAAGGCUGCAGACCUUCAUCCAGAGAAACCCAAAGGCUCUUUUAAGAGCCACCUACAAUUUCAGAAAAAGAGCUUGGAUUUCAUUAAGGUGGCAAAAACCCACGA